ACAAGACCCUGGUUGAUUUGAGAGGAGUAGUUGAUUUCAUUUCUUUCAGUCAAUUCCAACUUAAAGCAUUUUUUGUUUUCCGGGGGCAUAUUAGAAUAUGUUUUAGGUUGAGUAAAGCAGAUGUGAAUGUGAUAUGCGUGCUUUAAGUUUAAAGUCGAAACCUUCUUGAUUUUACCCUUUCACUCUCUCUCUCUCUAAACUUUUUUUUUUUAUGUAUUUGUAUAUAUAUAUUUGCAUCUCUCUCUCUCCAGUCGAUCUCCACACUGGUCUACACUAAGCUAGCUACCUGCAGAAGGCAGCUGCUAGGAAGGAUAGUUCGUUUAACACAGACCAAGAUGGUGGUGGACGUACAAAACAAGCUCCGGCUGGCCCUUGGAUCAGUGAAGGAUCAUGCAUCCAUUGGCAAGGCCAUGAUCAACAGCCAUGUUGGGUUUUCCGGCAUAGAGAUUGCCGUGGUUCGAGCUACAGGCCAUGACAACACACCCAUCGACGACAAACAUCUGCAUGAGAUACUCUUCCUCGUCUCCAACUCUCCCGGCUCCGUCCCCUUCCUGGCUGAAAGGAUUUCGCACCGGCUCGACAAGACCAGAGAUCGUAAUGUAGCCCUCAAGACCCUACUGCUCAUUCAUCGUCUGCUGCGUGGAGGAGACCGGUAUUUCGAGCAAGACCUACGUACAGCACACCUCUCUGGCCAUCUCCAGAUGAACACUACGCGAUGGUUCCCGAGGAAUUCCAGCAACCAGUCUCUCUCUUUUCUGCACAGUUAUGCGGAUUUUCUUGCAGAGCGAAUGGGGUGGAUAAUCAACCAAGCUGGAAAGCUGGAGCCCAUCAUGUUCCAAGCAUCGGAAUUUCGAUUCUAUGAGGAGAAGUCGAUCGAGAUGGUGUUCCGUAGAUUACCCAAGUGUCAAGUGUUUCUUGAUCGAGUUCUGGAGUGCUUACCUCUGGGUAUUGCUUCUCCUUCUGACCGCUUAACCAGAGCGGCUUUGAUCAACAUCCUCAAAGAGAGCUUUCAAGUGUAUGUGACCUUCUGUGAGGGAGUUGCAGCCUUGUUUGAUUCCUUCUUUGAUUUUAAGAAUCCGGCAAGGGUGCUAGCUCUUGAUCUGCUCAAGAGAGCUUCCCUUCAGAGCUACAAGCUUUUUGAUUUCUUUGAAAACUGCAAGAGAAUUAUUGGCAAUAAAAACCUGGAGUACCCAUCAGUUGAAAUCAUCACAACAGAUCAUGUGUUGUCCAUGGAACAAUUCUUAUUAAACAGCUCCCCAUCAUUAAGACCUGGGUUUCUGUCCACCAAAGGCGAGAUGAUGUCUCCCUGCAAGGGUGUUAGCAAUGAUCUUACAAGAACAUCAGCAGAGACAUACAGCACAGCAGCAGGCGCUUCAGUUGGCAAUAAACAAGGAAAAGAGUCCAGAGAAGGAACAGAUGGAGCCUUUUCAGCCCCUUUUUCUUGUAGACUGGAGACUAAAAUAAGCAAGGUAUGGGUGGUUUUCGACCAAGAGGGUGGUUUUCAGGAAGCCCAUUUCUCCCAAAGAGGAGGACUCAGUACUGAUGAUCAUUCCAGCAAUCCUCCCACCCUCACAAGAGUAGAGGAGGAAUCCAUGGGUAUGGAGAUAGAACCAGGAAAACCUUGUAGUUGUUAUAACCCUUUCACAACCUGUGCCAAUAUCAAACAUUCUACUAUUAUGGAAGAGUACUGCAGGAAAGUUUCAUAAACCAGGCCAACCUUUUUGUAAAUACCAUGGCUUUGAUUGGUUAAUUGCAUAUUUCUUCUGCACUGUUGUUCUUUUCCUCUCUCGGCUUUUUCACAAUCUAUUAAUUUCUUCCUCCUAGAGUCCUGGUGUGUGUGUGUGCAAAAGGAGAGAGAUUUCCACUUUUUGGUGUGUACUUGCAGAGAGAAAUCCUAAAUCAUCCAAGAAUUAGAAAUUCAUGAGGAUUUAUUUC